GGAUCCUCUGAAACAGUUAAAAGAUCUAACACAGCUCAAGAGUCAGUUGGAGGAAAUCCAGAAGCGAGUAGAGCAGGAGGUCUCUGCUGGAAUACCCCAGGGAGGCUCUGUGGUUGGAUCUCCUCUGCUGAAGGGCUUCGUCGCUGGCUAUGUGGUGGCCAAGCUGCGCUCCUCUGCCAUCCUAGGACUACUGCUGGGAACGCUCACCGGCGUUUAUGCAGCUCAGAACUAUCAGGUGCCCAACAUUGAAAUGACCAUCAGAGAGUACAUGAACAGCCUGAAAAAAGGACCCAAAUAAUUGGGAUUGACGUAUGUUUUAUUCAUUUUUUUUAAAAAAUUUUUGACUGGCCUUAAUCUGACACGAGGACAUGUUGUCGUUCCUGCUGGCUUGAGACAAGACUCCAUUCAAGAUUUUGAUCUUUGGUUGGAUUAUAGUUACAAACUUUUACUGGAAUUUCUCUUAGGACUCAAAUUUACUUUUUUGUACUUGGUUUCAGUUGAAUGUUGUUACCUUUUUUUUGACAUUUCCAUUAUCAACACACUGUUCAAAGCAUUGUGCCUACAACAUUUCUCUAGGUUUUUUAGACUUUACCAGAGCAGCUAUUUGAAGUCAGAGUUCUGUGCCAUCAUAUGUGUAUUUCUCUCUUAGUUAAAGUUGGGUUUAAUAAUAUUUUCAAGGAUUAAAAACACAAAAAGUUCAUGUUUAACACUGAUGUGCUGCUGUGUUGAGGAUGAUUGUGAUCCAGAACGUGGGGGUCAGUUCCCCAGCACGUAUUAAAGCGCCGCGGUUGAACAGGAUAAAGUGGGGGGUCCUCUUGGGGCUCAUGGUCCUUAUUUAUGGCUCCCACGCACCACUCAUCACCCUCACCAAGGUAGACGGUCGCGUCCCCUUCAGUGCCUCCUCCUGCGUCCUCAUGAUUGAGUUGGUGAAGCUCUUCAUCUCUCUGCUUAGUCUUUUGCUGGCUGGAGGUACAUCUGCCCUGCUUGGACCUCCGGAUCUUCUCACUGUGGCUCCCUAUGCCGUCCCAGCUGCACUUUAUGCCCUAAACAACAAUUUGGUUGUUUUAAUGCAGGCCUACAUGGAUCCCAGCUCAUUCCAGAUACUCUCCAACCUUAAAAUAGCCUCAACAGCGCUGCUGUACUCCCUCUGUCUGAGAAAGCGACUGCGGCCUGUUCAGUGGUUAGGCCUGGGGCUCCUUGUGGCUGCAGGGGUAUCUCACAGUUACAACACCCUGGAUCUGGUGGACCCUGAAGGGGCCGAGGCUGAGGAGAGUUCCAGGCUUCAUAUCACAGCUUGGGGCCUUUUUCUUGUGUUUGUUUACUGCUGUGUGUCAGGAUUGGCAGCUGUUUACACCGAAAGGGUCCUGAAGAGCCAAAGGUUGCCCCUUAGCCUGCAGAAUUUCUACCUCUAUGUGUUCGGGGUGAGCAUCAACGGGCUGUCGUCUUUCUCGUCUUCAACAAGCGACAAAAGCUUCCUGGAGGGUUUCUCGGGGAAGGUUUGGGUCAUCGUAGCGGGGCAAGCAGCUAACGGGCUCCUGAUGUCUGUGGUACUCAAGCACGGCAGCGGGAUCACCAGGCUGUUCGUCAUCGCCUCCUCCAUGCUCGUGAACGCUCUGCUGUCGUGGGCCGUGUUAGGUUUGCAGCUUUCCACAUCUUUCCUGCUGCCUGUCUCUCUGAUUGGAUUGGCAGCUUAUCUAUACUACAGAUAGCAUGUGAAAGUUCAAGGAUAAGGCUCCACCCACUCAGAACAUUUCUGACCUGCUUCAUUGUUUUUGACAGACUUUCAAAAUAAAGUUUCUGCCUUUUUUUUUUUUUAUCAAGUGUUGAACUUUUUGAAUCUAUCAAAGGAUGUUUUGUCUUUUAGUUGAUGACUGAUCAUGUUUUGAUUCAAGUAUUAAAAACUUUAUGAUAAUAUUGCAACAAAUGUGUGAUAUAAAUGAAUAUUCUGUGAGUUACAGAUGUUCAGAGUGUUUAUUCUUUUUGUAAUUAAAAACUCUGCAAGGCCAUGUGUCAUAAAAUAAAAAUACUUGACCAAUAAA